GAAGAAGAAGAAGAAGAAGAAGAAAUAGGUGGAUUAAUUCAUUUUGUCAGGUAGGGGUAUUGGUAUAUUGUUAGUCAAUAAUCCCAAAAAAAGAAGAAACCAAUGAGACAACCCUGUGUGUGUGCAUUGUUCUCAAUGUUGUCUCAUCUGUGUGUGGUUAGGAUGGGCUAUGAUCUGGAGCGCUUUGUGGGCUAUGUGAAUGAGGGUCUUCUGUGCUGUGUGUGUCGGGACGUGUUGGAGCGCCCCCUGCAGGCGCCCUGCGAACAUGCCUACUGCAGCGCCUGCAUCAGCAGCUGGCUGGUCCAUCACCACUCCUGUCCUGAGGACAGACUCCCACUGGAUGUGGGCAGUCUCAAACCACUAUACAGGUACAUGCGUAAUGACCUGAACCGCCUGCAGAUACGGUGUGUGAAUGCAGGGCAGGGUUGUGAGGUGGUCUGCUCCCUGGAGAGCCUGCACACACACGAGGACGAGUGUGAAUUUGCCUUCAUUGUCUGCUCUACCACAGGUUGUUCCUUGCAGGUAGAGAGGCGUGGUCUGGAGGCUCACCUGUCCGAAUGUAACUUCCGCAGCAGGGAGUGUCCCAACGGCUGUGGCCACACCCUCCUCUCCAUUGACCAAUCACAGCAUAACUGUGUUGCAGAGCUGCGCACAGAAGUGGAGAUGCUCAGGGCAGAGAUGCUGUGCAAGUUGGAGGAGGUGAGGCGAGAGAUGGAGUCUCGGUUGGACUCUCAGAGGAGACACAUGGUGCAGAAGGAGUCGCAGCUGAAGAAUGUCGUGGAGGAGCUCAAGGGUCAGUUGUUCUGUGUGAUGUGUGACAUGCGGGCCUUGUUGGGAGCAGAGCGCCUGAGAAGACAGGAGCUGGCAGAGGCGGAGCUGGAGAAAAGGGAACUGUUGGAGCUCCUUCGAGACAUGCAGCCAACCAGGAGUCAUCGUCCUGUUGAACAGACAUCCAGGGACCAGCAUCAGGAAGCUCUGCAAACAUCUGGACGGGAGCUGCACACAGAGCCGACACGACACAAGCAGAGGGAGGCGUCUUUGUAUGCCUCCAGUCUGUCUCUGCAUUCUGCUCAUGCCAUAAAUAUAUCCGGUCCACCUCCAUCACCUCAGCUGGGAGAGGGGACGCGCAAGGGUGGGACCAGGUGCCUGACGCUCGACUGCAUCGAGCGGAAGAGUCGGGAGGUGACGGUCAUCUGACGAGACCGGACCAGUGGGAGAUUAGGCAAACCAGAAAAGAUUCAUGCUUUAUUUUUGUAAUAUUUGACUAACAGUUCAAUAAUGAAAACAAGGGGUUUACAGUUGUUCUGUAUUUUCUGGAAUGCGAUUUAAUUUAUUUUCAUCAAAUCAGUUUCAAUUAACUGUUGAAUAAGAGAGAAAAGUAGUCUGCCGUGAGAUAAACCAUGUGUUUUGUGUAAUGCUACAAACUAAAAGAAUCUUUUGACUGUAGGCUUAUGUAAAAGUGGCUAAACAAUAAUUACGUUUGUACUCUCCACUGAUCAGAUCUACAAACACAUUGAGUAAUGUCGCUUUGAUUUUGUAUCCCAGAGGUUAAAAAAAAAAAAAAACUACUUCAAGUAACGUUUCCUCAUUCGUGAUCCAUCUGAUGCAGAAUUGUGUCCUUUGAAAAGGUUUGUUAAAUGGUCGAGUGUCCUGAAAAACAACUCAAAGUCUUGGAGGCCAGCUGGCUGAGCUUUUAUCUUAUCUGUGUCGUACUGUUUGUGGGGGAAAUAAAAUGUUUUGUCUGCAAUAGUCUCCCCGUGACGAGAGGACUGCAGACAGCACUGACAAUAUAAUCUAUGACAUCAGUGUGGUUCCCUGGAAGUGUUGUAGGUGUCAACGGCAUGUACUUGGAGGUUAACUUGUGUUGUACAUUAUGCCCCCUUUGUCUCACAAAUAUUUAGUCUGUUAACAUUUUCCGUCCUUAGACACAAGGAGCCAUCCCUAAAUGUUUGAAAUGGCCACUUGAGGCUGCACUCGUCUUCUCACACAACAUUCUUGGCAUGUGCCAUGUCAUUUUGUCCUUCUAGUGAUAUUCAGUUGAACAUUUGUUCACGUGGCACUUUUUUGACACAAUAAGUGCUCUGAAGAAAGCUUGUUUGACAGGUUACCGUAGUUACCGUCUGCAUCAGCUCAUCGGUUAUUUGCUAAAAGUCAGAAGUGUGAGCAAGAGUUACGAUGACCUUUAUUCUCUGAAUACAACUCAUGAUAACAAAACAUAAAACAUCAACAGAGUCUUUAAGUCAUUGCGACAUCAUCCACCAUGUUUCCAUGGAGACGGUAUACAUAAUAUCCUGAUUGGUCCAUAUGUUGCCGUGAGAGGCUGCAGUCAUUGCCCAGGUGACUUUACCUGGUGAAGGAGCGAACAUGUCGGCCCCUCCCACCUCCACUCCCUCCCCCACCACCACCACUG